AUGGGUUCCGUGCCAACAUCAUCUACGCCUGCGGUACCACAUAACUUUCCAGUCCCCAGGCCUGGCAUUUAUGUUCCGGCGGUCACCUUCUUCGACCCUGAAAGUGACACCCUCCGACCAACGGAACAGGCACAAUACUACUCGUACCUGGCGCGAUCUGGCCUCACUGGCCUUGUCAUUUUGGGCACCAAUGCAGAGACCUUUCUGCUGACCCGGGAGGAAAGGGCCACUCUGUUGAAGCUGGCACGCCAGUCUGUGCCUGAGAAUUAUCCUAUCAUCGCUGGCGUUGGUGGCCACUCUACUGCUCAAGUACUCGAGUUUAUUGGCGACGCUCAUGCGGCGGGUGCAGACUAUGCGCUUGUUCUUCCGGCCGCAUAUUUUGGGAAACAAACCACUCCUGCUGUGAUCAAUAAGUUUUACACCGCUGUUGCGAAGGCCUCUCCUCUUCCGAUCCUCAUUUACAAUUUCCCAGCAGUCUGCAAUGGAAUCGAUCUCGACUCCGAUACCAUCGCAGCACUGGCACAAGCAAACCCAAACAUUGUGGGUGUGAAGCUCACCUGUGCUUCUGUUGGUAAGAUUACACGGCUGUCAGCUACGUUCCAACCCGAGCGAUUUGCGAUAUUUGGUGGCCAGUCGGAUUUCUUGAUAGGUGGACUGGCGGCUGGAAGUGCUGGCUGUAUAGCUGCCUUCGGUAAUAUCUUCCCUAAGACCCUGGUCAAGAUAUUUGAACUCUGGAAGGCGGGCAAGCAGGACCAGGCAUUGGCGCUGCAUAGACUUGCAGCUCAUGCAGAAAGCCCGACCAAAGCCGGGAUAGCGACGACCAAAUAUGCUGUGAGCCAGUUCAGUGCGAAAGCGGCCGGCAUUCCAGGCGAUCUAGAGGCUCUCCUGAGGCCUCGGCAGCCGUAUGAAGAGCCGGCAGCCGCAGUGAAGAAGAAGAUUGUCGAGGUAAUGAAACCAUUAGAAGAGGUAGAAACGACUUUGUAG